UACAGAAUUUUAGUUGGAGGAGAACAAUUGGGGUCAAGUUACCCUUUUUUGCCCUUAUGCAAUAAAAAUAAAACUUAAAAAAAAAUUGUUUUCAAAUUCUUCCUUUGAGCGGAAUAAAUUUAAAUUUGAAUUUUGAAGCGUAACGGAUUUUUAAACAGGUAGAAAGAGCAACGAGUGCCUUUAACUAGUAGCUGCAAUAGCAAUCCCAGAACAAGCAUUGAGUAGGCAUUGCGCAUGUCCUUGACGUGUUGACAACUCCUUUGACAUUCGCUAAUUCUAUUCACUUUCUCUAUAUAACACAAGUUCAUCGCCGUCAUCGUUGGUAUGUAAAUAUUACAAAAGCCAGAAAAGGGCUCUUCAAGAAAAAUUCACUUAAAGACGAUAAAUCGCAUUUAAAAGCAUAUCUUCUAAAUCUUAUGAAAUCGCACAAAGAUGCCGCACAAACAGCCAAUAGCAGUAUAUUUAUUUUAUGUCGCGCUGGCCGCGCUGCAGUCAGCUGAUGGACAAUCGAUUUCGAAUACAGUGCAUCGUACACAAGCUGCCACCGAGCGUAUCAAUGAUCUCUCCUGCUACGAAUGCGACACCAUGGACCAUGGAGAGGCGUGCGUGGAUGUAACGACACGUAAUCUUUCGAAUUUCAUACGCAAAUGCAAGGGCGAGGAGUUUAUUUGUAUGGUGAAACGCUUUUCCUACACAACCAGCACUGAGAAUUCCACCAGCGCGCCAAAAAUGUGGUCCUUGGAUCGACGCUGUGCCGUCAAUUGUGAGGCUGGCUGCAUUGUGAUCGGCGAGAGGACAAAAUUAUAUGCCUGCACUUCCUGCUGUGAAAAAUCGCUUUGCAAUACUGGACGCGGACGUGCGGUGAGCACUUUUCAGCGCGUGGAAACUGGCAUCGGUACGCGUUGGUAUGCCGCAGUGGUGGCAACAAUGUUGCAACGAUUAUUCCUGCAUAGUAAUUAUUCGCUAAUGGAGAUUUGCAGUUUUGGCAAUAGGAUUACAUAAAUGGAAGUGUGUAGAUAAAAAUGUUAUCUACUUUCGAUGGAACGGCUGCACUAAAGUUUGUAGUAAAAGUAAGAAAAGAAUACGAUUUUUUAUUGAACCAAGUUCAAGAUUUGUGCCAAGGUUACACUCCCACAAGCAUUAAAAAAAUAUACUUAUAUUAUAUAAGAUGAGGUUUAAAAAUGUAGUUGAAACUUUUUUCCUAUUCUAAUCUAAAGCCAAAUAAUUUUGUGAUACAAAAAAUAAGAUUAUUAAAAUAAAUUUGCUAAUUAGA